GAUUAAAUUAAACACAAAUGGACAAAAAUUAAAAAAAUAAGUGAUUUUUCUGACAGAAAAAAAAAAAGAGAGAGAGAAGUGAAUUUAUUUUGGUGAAUUAGGAUUUCCAGAAGUUAAAAUGCCGCUGCUUGGGAUUGCGUGAGGGCUCCUGCGUCCAUAAAAAAUUAACCACGUCAACAACCAAAAUAAAAAAAAAUAAAAAAAAAAUAAAAAACGAACAAACACACAAUCGAAAAACGAAACCAACCGAAGCGAAUCUCAGAAGUAGUAGAAGAAGAAGAAAGUGAGGAGCUGAGAAAGCAUGAGCAGCCCCGGGAAGCUCAACUCCUCAAGCUCCGAAUUGGACCUGGAUCGCCCCAACAUCGAAGAUUAUCUCCCUUCCGGAGCCUCCAUUCAACAAGAACCACACGGCAAGCUUCGCCUGCGUGAUUUGCUCGACAUAUCGCCUACCCUUACCGAGGCUGCUGGAGCCAUUAUCGAUGACUCAUUCACACGGUGCUUUAAGUCGAAUCCUCCAGAGCCAUGGAACUGGAAUGUGUAUUUGUUCCCUUUGUGGUGUUUUGGAGUGGUGGUUCGCUACUUCAUUCUAUUUCCUGCGAGGGUUCUAGUAUUGACUAUCGGAUGGAUAAUUUUCCUUUCAUCCUUCAUUCCAGUGCACUUCCUGCUGAAAGGCCAUGAUAAAUUGAGAAAAAAUUUAGAGAGGUGUUUGGUGGAGUUGAUUUGUAGCUUCUUUGUUGCCUCUUGGACUGGGGUUGUAAAGUACCAUGGGCCACGACCUAGCAUGAGGCCUAAGCAGGUUUUUGUGGCCAAUCACACUUCCAUGAUUGAUUUCAUCAUCUUAGAGCAAAUGACUGCAUUUGCUGUAAUUAUGCAAAAGCAUCCUGGAUGGGUUGGAUUGUUGCAAAGCACUAUUUUGGAGAGUGUAGGAUGCAUUUGGUUCAAUCGUUCAGAGGCAAAGGAUCGGGAAAUUGUUACAAAGAAAUUAAGGGAUCAUGUGCUGGGGGUUGACAAUAACCCUCUCCUUAUAUUUCCUGAAGGAACAUGUGUAAACAAUCACUACACAGUUAUGUUUAAGAAGGGUGCAUUUGAGCUUGGCUGCUCAGUUUGCCCUGUCGCAAUCAAGUACAACAAAAUUUUCGUUGAUGCUUUUUGGAACAGCAAAAAGCAGUCCUUCACAAUGCAUCUGCUACAGCUUAUGACGUCAUGGGCUGUUGUUUGUGAUGUGUGGUAUUUGGAGCCUCAAAAUAUUAGGCCUGGGGAGUCCCCCAUUGAAUUUGCAGAGAGGGUCAGAGAUAUAAUUUCUACGCGAGCAGGACUUAAGAAGGUCCCAUGGGAUGGUUACCUGAAAUACUCUCGCCCAAGCCCAAAGCACAGAGAGCGAAAGCAACAAAGCUUUGCUGAGUCCAUGCUCCGGCGCCUAGAGGAAAAGUGAAAUGUGUUUCUUCCGACUCUUUUAGUUAACUUUUUCUUAGCACAGAGUGCAUGUUCUACACUCAAUUUCCUCUUCAUUCGAGUAAUUGGUUUAAACCUGAGAGGAAGCUGCGUUUGAUAUAAGAAGUAAAUGAAUAACUUACUAUCUUCCUACCCAGUUGUUUUCUUGAAUACACAUGAUGUACGAAGCUUGGUUCCUGUGGGGUUUACUCAAAAUUUUGUAGGAACUUGAAAUAGCUGUGUUAUCUUUUGGAAAAUUCUUGGUCUAGUUUUGUGUCAAGAGUAAUUUGAAUACGCUUGUCAACA